AGACGAUACCAUUCCGCCCCUGGGACCAUGACUGUCGUGUGAAAACGGAUCGGUGUGAGUCGGACUGGAAGGACGGACAGAGCCAAAAAGCCUGUUUCAGGUGUCAGCUGGUUGAGAGUGCGUGGGAGUGUGUGUGAGUGAGUGAGUGAGUGAGUGUGUGUGUGUGUGUGUGUGUGUGUGUGUGUGAGUGUGUGUGCGCACGCGUGUGUGCGUGUGCGCGCGCUUGUAGGCACGUGUGUUUUUUACCCAAGCCCGGUCAGUAUUUGGAUCCGAGUGUGGCCUGAACACAUCGCAGAGGGACAAUGAGCGAGCUGGAACAGUUGCGGCAGGAAGCCGAGCAACUACGCAAUCAGAUCCGGGAUGCCAGGAAAGCCUGCAGUGACUCCACUCUGUCACAGAUCACAGCUGGUCUGGACUCAGUGGGCCGGAUACAGAUGCGGACGCGACGCACUCUCAGGGGCCACCUGGCCAAGAUCUAUGCAAUGCACUGGGGAAGCGACUCCAGGUUACUUGUCAGUGCCUCGCAAGAUGGAAAGCUAAUCAUCUGGGACAGCUACACAACAAAUAAGAUGCAUGCCAUCCCACUGCGCUCUUCCUGGGUGAUGACGUGCGCCUACGCCCCCUCCGGGAACUAUGUGGCCUGCGGAGGCCUGGACAACAUCUGCUCCAUAUACAGCCUGAAGACCCGCGAAGGCAACGUGCGCGUUACCCGAGAGCUACCUGGACACACAGGUUAUUUGUCCUGCUGUCGUUUCUUGGAUGACAACCAGAUACUGACCAGCUCUGGAGACACCACCUGUGCAUUGUGGGACAUAGAGACAGGCCAGCAGGCCACCACCUUCACUGGCCACACAGGCGAUGUGAUGAGUUUGUCUCUAAGCCCGGACUACAAGACCUUUGUGUCAGGAGCCUGUGACGCCACCUCCAAGCUGUGGGACAUCCGCGAUGGCAUGUGCAGGCAAUCCUUCACCGGCCACGUGUCCGACAUCAACGCUGUCAGCUUUUUCCCCAAUGGGAAUGCCUUUGGCACAGGCUCAGAUGACGCCACCUGCAGGCUGUUUGACCUGCGUGCCGACCAGGAGCUGAUGAUGUACAGCCAUGACAACAUCAUCUGUGGCAUUACCUCUGUGGCUUUCUCCAAGAGUGGCCGUCUGCUCCUGGCCGGCUACGAUGACUUCAACUGCAACGUCUGGGACACUCUGAAAGGCGAACGCGCAGGUGUACUAGCGGGCCACGACAACAGAGUGAGUUGUUUAGGAGUGACAGAAGAUGGCAUGGCUGUGGCCACCGGCUCCUGGGACAGUUUCCUCCGGAUCUGGAACUAAAACAAAACCUCUUCCCUGCCAUACUAAAUCACUGCCCACCGACUUCCUCCCCGUGACCCCCACCCAACGUAUCCCCAACUCAUCUGCUGGGCUGGACCUGAGGGGUGCACACUGUGUCAGCCAAAAUCCUCUUAAUUCACCCCCCCCCCCCCCCCCCCCAGUUCUCCUCUCUCCUGCUGGCGACCUGCCCACUUUCCAAGUGACGUUUUUUUUUUUUUUUUCCCCACCCAGCUACACACAGAAACACAAAUAAGAACCUUUCAGUAGAGUUGUCCUAUCAAAAAUAAAAUAAGAGUUAUGAAAAACUGAAGGAAAAAAUAGAAGAUUUCGUCCAUCUAGGUAGCGAUAAAGAGCAUCUGUUACCAUGACUAACAACAAAUGAGAUGACUGUAGGUGGGUAAUAUGUAAAUGUAUAUAUAAAGACAGUAUAUAUGUAUAGCAUUAUGUGUGUAUAUAUGCAUCAUAUAUGCAUAUAUAAUGUUUAUGUAUAUAUUUUUGUAGUUUAUUUCCCACCCUUGAGUUUUGUUUUGUUUUUUUAUAUAAUUUUGGGGUUUUAUGUUUUAUUUCAAAUGUGCAUAUUGACAUUACUACACAACAUAUUGCCAGAAACAUUUAUUUUAUCCUGUGUGAGUGUCAGACAAUGUAGACACAGCAAUGUAUCAUGAUAAAACCUAAAAAGUCCCCUUUCAUUUUCUAAAAUUUCUGGUAUUUGCUCACUCAGUCAGUUUACUCAUGCGGCAACAAAGGGAGGAUAUUACGAGUAAACCAAACAGUUUUGAAAAAUAUCAUUUGGCUCUGCUAAACUCGCUUUCUUGUGUAUUAUGAUUACAGGCAGUGGGCAUAACUCAUGCAUCCUGCACCUCUAAAUGUUCAUGUGAAUGAUGACUGUGAUGGUAUUUUUUUUGUUUGUUUGUUUUUUUUUUAACAGCACGACCCCUAGCAUUCCUCACCACAGUCUUCUGUUUUGGAAGGAAACUUUCACACUGCUGUAGUGGUGAUUUAGAGAAAGAGCUUCAAACCAACAAGCAGUGUUUCUUAAGUUUUUAGUCUGAAUUCAGCUUUAGCUCCAAAGUAGAGACAAGUGAAUUUUAGGCUAAAAUAGAAAACCUUAUUUUAUUGGAGGCCCUGCUUCAGCCUCAACUCAAGUGGAUUGUGAUUUCAUCGAAUCAUCGGAUGCUGAAUAUCUGAAGACCACAGCCAUCCCAUGCAAAUCAUCAGCUGUGUGAAAUGAUUAAUAACCAAAUAAUGGUCCUAAACAGAUGUUUUGCAUCUUAAUAGUCUUGGCUCCUGUGGCCUAUAGAAGCUACACUUUUCCUUAAAGCUGAGAUGAGCAUCUCAAGUUGCCCAUACGAAUGACACUGUUGGAGAGAAGGGCAUUGUGAAGAGAGACGUAUUCUCCUUGAGCAGAAGCUGUUCUCUACCUGUGAGCCAGUUAACGGCAAUGAAACCUGUAUGGACAAAAGGGGAGAGUGGUCAGUCGUUAUCUGAGGAUGUAAAAGGACCAUAAAGGACAGCAGUGACUCUGUCAGCGGCCUCUGAGGACCAGAGAAAAGAUGAAGAGAAAGAAAGACGUCUGUCAGAGCUCGCCAUGUCAUUUUUCUUUUUUCUUUCUUUCUUUCUUUUCUUUUUUUUUUUCCUAAAUGAAGGAUCCACGAGUCCUUUUUGUCGUUAACAUGGUGUGAACUGAGUGACUGCAUGGAACUGAAAUCAUGUUAGCCACAACAAAAUCACAUCAGUGCCACCACAAGCCUGUAAAAAAAAAAAAAAAAAAAAAGAAGGAAAAAAACAAACAAAAAAGUUUUUUUUAAAGGGUUUAACACUCUCAGCGAUUUUUUUUUUCCCUCACCAAAAACAUGUUAUGAACUGUUAGAUGUUGCUAGUGAAGAAAGUACACUUGGUAGACAGAAAUGUACAUUUAGUAGAGAGCUAGAAAUGCACUCACAAACUGUAGUACAAUGUAAACCACAUGAGUUAUUUACCCAUAGAGGUUUGAGUAUUUUCUCAUCACGCAUCUUUCAUUAUUUUUGGUUCCUCUAAAGGCUAAAUUUAAAAAAAAAUUAAAACACAUAAUGUGUGUGAGUUGGACCUA